CAGGCUGCUUGGAGACGCGUCACGGUCUAGUAAAUGUCCCAAUGCAAGUAGACAGGGUAGAGCUCCGAUAGGAUGAACUGGCUGUAGACCAUUGACGGAACACGCGCGCCUCGUGUCUGGGUUUCAACAGAGGCGGCAUCCUAGUCAGAGAGUCGCGGGAAGAGGAGCCGAGCAGGGAACGCGCGAGACCACAUCUAGGCGGGAAGCGUGUUCCUUCGUAUAGAAAACACCAAAAGGAAGGACAAUCGUAGCAAUGUCAAGUUUAAAGAAACGAAAUUCGAGCUCCUCGGCUGACAGAGAGGAGGACAAACAAGCCACGGAGAGGAUGCUCUCCCCGGGCACCGGCAAAGAGAACGGAGAGCCGAGCCCCGGCGGCGGGGAGACCAUACAGGAAGAAGGGAAAGAUGGUGUGGUGCUGAAAAGGACCAUCACUCUGGUCAAUGGCAUCGCCAUCAUCGUGGGCACCAUCAUUGGCUCGGGCAUCUUUGUCACCCCGACCGGCGUGGUCAGGGAAGCCGGCUCCGUCGGCCUAUCGCUGGUGGUGUGGACAGUGUGCGGGGUCUUCUCCACCGUGGGGGCUCUGUGCUACGCCGAACUUGGGACCACCAUCACCAAGUCCGGCGGGGACUAUGCGUACAUCCUCGAGGUGUACGGCUCGCUGCUGGCGUUCCUCAAACUCUGGAUCGAGUUGCUCAUCAUUCGCCCUUCCUCGCAGUACAUCGUGGCUUACGUGUUCGCCACCUACCUGCUCAAGCCCAUAUUCCCCGACUGCCCGGUGCCGGAGAACGGGGCCAAGUUGGUGGCAUGUUUGUGCAUUUUGAUCCUGACCUUUGUGAACUGCUACAGCGUGAAGGCCGCCACGCGGGUGCAGGACUUCUUCGCGGCCGCCAAGCUGCUGGCCCUGGGCAUGAUCAUCAUCAUUGGCUUUGUGCAGAUUGGGAAAGGAGAUACAGUCGGCCUGCUUCCAGAAAACUCCUUUGAGGGCUCCAACUAUGACUUUGGCAACAUCGGUCUUGCUCUCUACAGCGGACUGUUUGCAUACGGUGGCUGGAACUACCUGAACUUUGUUACAGAGGAGAUGAUCGACCCUUACAGGAAUCUCCCUCUGGCCAUCAUCAUCUCUCUACCCAUCGUCACCGUGGUGUACGUCCUCACCAACCUGGCCUACUUCACCACCCUCACCCCUGAGCAGAUGCUUGUUUCGGAGGCUGUUGCAGUGGACUUUGGAAACUUCCACUUGGGUCCGAUGGCGUGGAUCAUCCCGGUGUUCGUUGGCCUGUCCUGCUUCGGAUCAGUCAAUGGCUCUUUGUUCACCUCUUCCAGGUUGUUCUUCGUUGGUUCCAGGGAAGGUCACCUGCCCAGCCUGCUGUCCAUGAUCCACCCCACACUGCUGACACCUCUGCCCUCCCUCAUCUUCACCUGUGCCAUGACCCUCCUCUACGCCUUCUCCAAUGACAUCUUCUCCGUCAUCAACUUCUUCAGCUUCUUCAACUGGCUCUGCAUCGCCAUGGCGAUCGUGGGAAUGAUGUGGCUGCGCUACAAGAAGCCUGAGCUGGAGAGGCCGAUCAAGGUGAACAUCCUGCUGCCUAUCAGCUUCGUGCUGGCGUGCCUCUUCCUCAUCGUGGUGUCCAUCUGGAAGACGCCCAAGGAGUGCGCCAUCGGCUUCGGCAUCAUCGCCACUGGCGUGCCCGUCUACUUCUUCGGCGUCUGGUGGAAGACCAAGCCCAAGUGGCUCCUGCAGGGCAUAUUCGAGACGACCGCGCUGUGUCAGAAGAUGAUGGAGGUGGUGCCUCAGUCCUAGAGUGGACUCCCUCCGCCCAGAUCGGCCAUGAUGUCACCGUCGGUGUAUCCUGGCUCUCUCAAAACGGAUGCAGACUGAUAUCUGUGGAACCUUUUUUCGGACAAUGCACACACCCCCCACACACACGUGCACACACACACACACACACACACACACACACACACACACACACACACACACACACACACACACACACACACACACACACACACACACACACACACACACACACACACACACACACACACACACACACACACACACACACACAGACUCAACACACCCUAUCUGUGCGGUUGAGAUAAGGACAGGAAGGUUUCGACACUCUGAGCAGCAGAGCAGUAUUCAAAAUGUGUUAUUUUUGCGCUAGGUAUUUGCUGCUGUCGGUGUGGCCUUAUUUCGUAGUCUUUCUUUUCUACAUGUUUUCGUCUGCAACUAACAUAAGAAGGCGUAGUCGAUGAGGAGGAGUAAUUUAAUGUUUGCGGUGUGUCAUAUUUCAGUGAAUAACGUUUUUAUAGUGCAUUCUCUCGUGCAGUUAUUGUCUAACUUAGAAUGUCCUCCAUUCCCAUCAAACCCUGUUCAGAGCGCAGUGCCUUUCUGGGCCAACACAAGCCUGUUUGACUUGUUCAGUAGCUAUGUCGCAGUCCACUGGAAACCUGGCCUCCACUAGGCCACUUUGCAAGCCUGAGCACAGACUUUCUAUACUUUUUCUUUGUUCGGUUCACACUCAGGAUCUCUUUUAGUCUCCUAUCAAUUCAAACACUCAUUCAGUGUAGUUUACGAUGAAUCUGGCUGCCAGACCGCAAGAGAGUACUGGUUUCUGCCCAGUACCACGCCCUGAGAACCAUUUGAACUAGUUACCUCCUUGUGGUGGGUAUUCAAUUUCCUCGGAUCACUCUUGCAGAGAGCAAUCUGCUUUGUUGCGCAACAUAGUUUUGCAGCAUACCGAUGCAUUUCAGAGAGAGCCCCCUGAAACAACCACACUGGCCUCACACGAGGCUUAGCUGGCACUGGCACACACAAUCUGUGUCUCCAAUCCAACCAACCACCACCAGAAAAGGUGGCUUGCAGAUGAGGCGUUGGUGUACGAAAUAUGUCUUAACAAGCCUGCCACGUCGCAGUGACUCACCAUGCGCCCCCUAUAGGCCAGAUUCAGUGUUUCGGUUGGAAUAGCGACAAAGGGAUCCAACAUCAGACUCUCACCUGCAUUCGGUCGUUCAUUCAGGCAACCUGCUAUAGACCACAGCAAUGUGAUCAACCUGCUUGAAAGAAUCAUCGUUUUUCUCGAUGAUUGUGCUUGUAUUUGUGUGUGUGUGUGUGUGUGUGUGUGUGUGUGUGUGUGUGUGUGUGUGUGUGUGUGUGUGUGUGUGUGUGUGUGUGUGUGUGUGUGUGUGUGUGUGUGUGUGUGUGUGUGUGUGUGACAAAGUGAUCACGUGUUUGACAUGUGUUUGACCGUCUAAUCGGUAUGUAUGCCCAGAUGUAGCCUUCUCUUGAUGUGUUGAACUCUUGGAUGCCACGAGUGUCUAUAAGUCAGAGUGUGUAUAAUUCUAAAGGAUGAGAUUCUGUGUUUGUUACGGAUUGAGCGUCAACGAAGCAUCUCUGCUUAGCACAUUGGUGUAGUUAUGUUCAAUAUUCUUAAUUCACACGUGAUACGGUUGUGAUGCAUGGAAGAUGUAUUUGGCGUUGGUGGUUUUAGGGAAAGAACAGAUGGACGGACAGACAAGAUGAUGUCCACUAGCUUCACCAUGUACGACACGAAGGAACGGAGACGACAAGAAGGAACGGAGACGACAGGAUGCAGAAUAGAUUUUUUGAGGGCAGAAGUUGAGAAAGUGUAGAAAGAUGCACAUUAGGACUAAAACGAAUUAUAGAAAUGUUUUCAUUGUUCCAUUUCUGCUCUGAAAGUGUGGAAUACCUUUUCUUUCUUUUUCAUGUUUUUCUGUUAGUUUUUUUUCUAUUAAGUUUAUUGUCACAUACUUACUGCUAGUUACGGACCAAAACCUAAAGACCUCCAUAGUGGAGUCGGAUGAGAUCGGAUAUCCCAUCCAUUAACCAGGGUAGGCUAGACGUGUGUUUAUCAGUAGCCGCCACUAACACUCCAGAAUCCACAGUAAAGUACAGUAACUCGUAGGACUGUAGAGUUUAUUUAUUUAUUCCUAGGAAUGUUUUAUGUAUUGUUAAUCCCGUUACAGUUUUACAGGGCAUUUUGUGCAAAGUGCUCAUAAAAUAAACCUGCUUUUUUUUUUUAUCUUGUGGUCGGUUACUUUCUUCUUGUGAUUGGUUUAUUUUUACCGAACCACGCGAGAGUACUCAUGCACACACACGCUCGCAAAAACAUGAUUUAGUUCUAUAGGUGUGCCGAAAUUAUCAAAGCUAUAAUAUAGCAUGGAUUAAAUAAUAGCAUUUUUUAUGCCUAUCAUCCUCACCACACAUAUUUCAUCCAGCAUUUUGGUCAUUAAACAUGCAAACAACAAGUGUGUACAAAAAUGUCAUAAAAAAUAUAUAUAAUUGUCAACUUUUCCUCCCGAAAAGACAGAAGGAACGGGAACUUCAUUAAGUUCUUGUAUCAUAGCGCCUUGAAUUCAUUUCAGUUAAAUG